AUGAGUGAAUAUUGCUACAUGCUUUGCGCAUUGGGCGUUUCUGCCAGAUGCUGCGCGUCGGACCGGUAUUCCAGCGGUUGGUGUAGACGGAGUAUCCUUGAAAUGUCAGCAAAACGCCCGAUGGACAGUUGCCCCAUCAGUGAUCCCGCACUGGAUGUGAGGGAUGCUGCCGCUGUUAUUUGGAGGGGAGAAUAUUUUUCUGCGAUGCCUGGGGAUGAGUCAUCUUCGUGGUGUCUGGACACGCUUCCCACCAACACGACGGAUGCGAGGGACCCGGAGGAGACACAUCUGAGUGCUGUAGCGCAUGCGGCAUUGAGGUGCCUCAGUAUGCAGGUGCAUUUGGAAGUGACUGAAAAGGGCAACGUCCGUUGUUCCAUGCACGGACGGAGCGACGAUUGCGUGGGCCGCUCGACCCUGCGCUGGGGGAAACGCUAUUUGCCGUGA